AUGCCCAAAGGAGGUAAGAAAGGUGGCCACAAGGGUCGCAUGCGGACAUACACCAGCCCCGAGGAGAUAGACGCGCAGAUGAAGGCAGAGAAGGAGAGAAAAAAGAAUGAACAAGAACAGGAGGAAAAUGAAGGAGCUGCUCAGAAGGACCCGACAGAGGAGAAACCAGCAGGCUCUGGCUCAGAAGACAGUGAUGAUGAAGAUUCCCAGAGGAGGAGAGCUGGUGUGGAAGGCUUGAUAGAGAUUGAGAACCCCAACAGAGUGGCUCAGAAGGCCAAGAAAGUGACGCAGAUUGAGCUGGAUGAGCCCCGGGCAUUAUCGAGGAGAGAGAGAGAAGAGCUUGAGAAGCAGAAAGCGAAGGAGCGCUACAUGAAGAUGCACUUGGCAGGGAAAACGGACCAGGCCAAAGCCGACCUCGCCCGCCUCGCCAUUAUCAGAAAACAAAGAGAGGAGGCAGCGAAAAAGAAAGAGGAGGAGAAGAAAGCAAAAGAGGCGGCAGUGGCGGCGACUAGAGGAAUGAACUCGCUCUCACUAAAAUGA